AUGCGCAUCCGCGACGUGGAGAAGCCCCGCGUUCAGGUCAUGCAGCAGGAAGCGGCGGCGUUCGAGACGCUGCAGCCCAGGAGACGCCGAAUCGGAUGGGGGCACGAGGACGCCACCACCGUGGACAAGCAUUCGGCAGAGAUGUUGGCGGCUCGCCAGCAAUAUGAGAAGCGCAACACGUUCAGCGCGUGGACGAGUCUACUGAUGGCGAAGCCUAUCUCCGAGGCCAUUCAGAUCGCUAGUUUGCGCGACACCUUCGACCGCAGCGUCGCGAGCGACAUCCUCGCGCAAUGCGAGGCGGAGAACGACGAGCAUCGGAUGCCGCAGAAAGGAGCGCGCGCGCCUGCAGCCAAGCUGGGCAGGGCGUGGUCCUGUUCUUGCGGGACUAACGACAACUUCGGCUGGAGGACCCAGUGCCGGACGCGCGGCAAAGCGGCCCCGCGGCAGGGGCGGACAUUUGCCGACGUCGCCGGGGCGCCCGGCAAGCGUGAGAAGCAGUUGUCCGCGCAGUUGGCGCAGUUGCAGGAGAAGUUCGACAAGCUGGUCAGUUCGCAGGCGCCAGCUGCGCCGGCCAAGGUCGAGGCCGACGUGGACAUCCAGCAGCUGGUCAACGAGCACCAGGCGUUCCUCAAGAAGUACGGCGAGGCCAGGGCCGACCGCGACAAGGCGAAGUUGGAUGAUGCUGUGGUGCACCAGGCCGAGAGGCGCCAGGAGCAGCUGCGCAAGGCAAAGACAGCGGCGGAGGAACGGCUCAAGACGGCCCAGGAGCAGGUGGCAGCUGCUCAGGCCGCCAUGGAGGUGGACCCCGAGUCCGCAGGAUUCACGCCGGAGGAGCAGGAGGAGAGGAAGUGCCUCGACUUGUGGAGCUUCAACGGGCCCAGCUGGGGCACUCUCAAGGAUCGCAUCCUCGACGCCUCGGGGACGCGGCAGGUGCUCGCCGUGCAGGAGCACCACUUGGCCCAGAACAAGUUUGAGGGCGUGCGCCAGUCCAUGCUGAGGCAGGGCUGGCAGCUGGAAGGGCAGCCUAGCGGCGAGCACGAGGCAGUGGGGCCCUUCACCGGCCAGGCCGCGGCCACCGCGGAGCGCGCCAGGGCGUCUAACUUCAGCCGCCGGGAAGGCCGCGCGAGAGGGCCGCGCACGGGGCCACGGCUGGACCGCGCGCUGCGGCAGAUCCUCCGCCAGCACGCGGCCAACGACGGAGCUGACGCCGCAGGGGGGCUCGCGGCUCAGCUUAGGACCGCCCUCGCGCUAGAGCGGCAGCUCGGGCGGGCGCAGAGCCAGGCCGGGGCCAACGUAGAGGCGGACGUUAUCGACCGCGCGGCGAAGCGCGAGCCGCUGGUGGAGCCCGAGGACGACGCGCCCCAGGGGGGCACGAGAGAGUCGGAGCGGCUGAGCUUCCACGACUAUCGGCGGGUUCGCAUGUGUAGCGCGAUACGAUGGAGCCGCUUCUAUCGGACAAUGGCCCCGCGACGGGGGCAAGUGCGGAUGUACCCGAAGAAGAAGAACGACACGAGUGGGAUCUACGUGAAGCUGGACCACGCCCUCUUGGUGGGCGGCAUCAAGCGGACGGGCGUCCUGGAGAAGGCCUGGGAGAGGCCAUUCGAGGCCGAGCUGUAUCUGUCCAACGCUCACGGCUAUGGAGCCUCCUUGUCCUGGUUUCGCUCUGGGCUAGCUGGCGCGUGGAGCUCAUGGAGCUGUGGGUCGACGGUGGGUUUCGCCAUCUUCUCCGGGGGAGUGGCCGUCUGUGGCAACCUGUGGCGGCGGAUGCGAUGGGUGAUGGAGGAGCUCGAGGAUGGCCACCACUCGCUCCUCGUAGCCGACUACGUCCGAGGCGACUGGCGCGACCUCUACCUAGGCGGCAGGCUCGAGAGUUCCAUCAUGAUCUUCACCGCGACUGUGGCCCUCGGGCCAAGUCUCUGGAGUUGCUGCCAGCAGAUGUCAUCGCCACGGCUAGCGGGGGAAACGCCUCCAGGGAUCGACAUGGACAGCGACGGGGAGGCGGGCCCCUCCAGGGCGGGUUCGUCGGACGAGUCGAUGCCAGCCAAGGGCAUGCAGGAGAGGCAAGCCACGGGGAGCAGCCUGUUCGACAAGAUCGUCCAUCCACGGUCGGGGUCGCGUCGUGCCCGCAUGAGCGGGAUGAUCGACUGGUGGAAGCGUUUCGAGGACACGAGCAAGGCGGACAAGGCCUCGCAGGGAUGCCAGCACGCACAGGCCGCGUCACCCACGGCGGCCACGUCGGGUGCUACGACGUGUCCUUCCAUCGACCUGGGAACAGCGGAGACGCUGGUGGGCGCGGGGGGAAGCCCCGAGCCGUUGAUGAAGGUAUGUUGGGGCCCCAGGGAGCAGGCGUUGGUCGACCUCAGGAAGAUCGAUGCGCUGUCCACCGUCACCCGCCUUGCGGGCCCCACCUCCUCCGUGGCGCAAGAGCUGCGGGUCAAGACCUACGGGGCGAACGUCAGCUUGGGCAGGUCGGAGGCCUCGCCCGAGAUCACCCAGACGGCGAGGUACGAGAACCUGGGCGCCCGAGUCUACGCGCUGAUGCGGGUGUUCGAGGACGUGGCAGGCAUCAUCGACGGGAAGCAGCCUCGGGACAGCGGGGCCGACAAGUGGACGUCCAGGGUGUUCGGGGACCCCACAGACGAGCUGGACUGGAGGUCUCUCACGGAGGGCGAGGAGGCGCUCACGAUAGUGGGGCGCUACUCGACGGCCAGGCUGCAGCAGAGGGUUCUUCAACAUACGUAUCCGCAGAUGGAGGGCUCGGACGCGGCAACGGAGGAGGACGAGAAGACGGGGGGAUGGCCGUUCCUCGAGACCGAGACCCUCUGCCGGGCUGGCCGCUGCUGCCAUGGGCGCUGGGCCGUCGGCCACGUGGGAGCGGGCGACACCGCUCCAGAGGGCUACUUCGAGGAGGGCGUGGUGGUCUCCGUCGACGCGGGGGAGUCUGCUCGCCCGCCACCAGAGACCAACCCUGCCAGGACCGUGGACAUCUGCCCGCUCGUCACCGAGGACCUCUCCGACGGUACGGGGAGGAUGCCACGCAAGCCUUACCCCGCCAUGGAAGAGGAGCUGAAGGGCCCAAGGGUCCACCGAGAUUCGUCUUUCCGAUCGAGGACAUUUCUUCCCAUCCUGGUCGAGAAGCCCUGGGAGGCAAGGAUGCUGAGGACCACCGACGAGCUGGUCGAGGGCAUGCCGCUCUUCGGGGUCAUCCAGAAGUGCGAGCGGGAGGAGGCGGACCCCCUCGGCCCCGUCAGGUGCCAGGUCCGCGCCAUCUGGGACUGGUGGCGGGCCAACCUCCCCUGGCAGACGCCCAUGCACGGGCCCCUGGGCAGCUCCACGACCCUGACCAACCUGGACCUCUCCUAUCUCGGCGAGGCGGACGUGGUCUACACAGGGGUGGGCGAUACCCUCGACAGGUUCGACCGCUUCGAGACGCCGCCAGAUGUCUGGCUCUACUUUGUCUUGGAGGGGCUGCCCCUCCACGGGUUCUUCGACUACAUGAGGGUCUUGGUCAAGGGCCGACCGCGGCUCCUGCCUCUGGCCUACUCCAGGCCGAAGGCUCUCACGGCGCGCAGGCUCUGGGUGGAUACCGGGGAUGCGCGCCUGGUCUACGGGGCUCCGACGCACCAGUUGAUCGGGCCCGUCGAUUUCGAGUCAGGGAGCUGGGCGUACAUGGACGACUACGCGGUCGUGGCCUCGUACGCCAGCGCGCGGCAGCCAGUGAGCGAGGUCAUGAAGAGGCGAGGGGAUCGAGUCGUGGGGCGCGGUCCUUUGAUGCCGACCUUACACUGUCUCGGCCAAAAUCGAUCGCACUUGUGGCCUGACUCUGGCGGCGCUGGGGCUGGCGGUGCGGACAUGCUGGACCCCGGAGCCACCGUGAAGCUGUGGGCGUGGGCGGCCAUCUCUCAGCGCAUGGGCCUCGCCAUCCGCGACAGUAUCUACCGCGAGAUGAGGCGCCCAGAGACCGCCAGGACGCCGUUCUGCCUACCAGACGCGGCGAGGUGGGGGCUGACGACGAUGGCCUACUGCGCCACGUUCAGGCACACGGAUCUCGAGGCGCCCUGGCUCUCGCAGGUGUCUAUGACGGGCAUGGCGGACUCCAAGGACAAUGGCCACGGGGUUGCAGUCACCGAGGCCUUGCUGGAGGAGAUCAGGACGGCCACGGGCUACACCGAGAUGAGAGGGUGGACGAUCGCCACCGACGUCUGGGCCCCCCACGUUGGGGGGUGUGCCUACGACGUGGACGAGCUCGCCGAUGCGUCGGCUACACCUCCGCUGCGGGUCCGUCGGGGGGUCAACCAGGCGCUCUACCUCUUCGCGGGCAGGCGCCGAGAGGGGGAUCUGGAGGUAGCCAUCUACACGAAUGCGGAGUGCGACGGCUACGACAUCCAGAUCUGGUCCAUUGACUCGGUGAUCGAGCCGAAGCACGACCGCCCCAACGACGAGCUGGUCAGCGCGAUUCUGGGUCAGAUGCGCGACGGGCACUUCCACGCAGUGAUUGCCCUGCCGCCAUGUUCCACCUGGAGUCGAUCGUGCUUCCUGAAAGAGAGGCCCAGGCCCCCGCGGACGCGCCUCGAGCCUUGGGGGCGGAGCGACAUACUAUUCGCCACCUUCGAGCACCUCCGCCUGGACCCUGGGGCGCGCCUCCUGCUCACGGCCAUGCAGGCGGUCCGCGGGGUCUGCCGAACUGGUGGCCUGUGCUUGACGGAUCACCCCGCGGACCCAGAGGAGGACCUGUACACGUCUGUCGGGAACCCCCCCGAGAGGGCCUGCUUCGGCGAGGAGGCGGGCGGCCAGAUCCAUCAGAUCGACCAGGGCUGCUACGGAGCUUCGCCGAUGGAGUCGACCAUGAAGGGCAUCUUCGGGGUCUACGACGACGCACUGGACCUCGCCGUGGGUCGUCUCCGCCCGAGAGGAGAUAAAGGGCCCCGAUCCAGCGUGCUCGCGGGCCUCUCCAGCUACGACGACAUUCGGGCCGCCGAGGCGCGGGACAACUACGAGAAGGAGACGUACCUGGGCAUCCGCGAGGGCGGCUCCACAAGGCGAUUCACCCGCCUCGUGCCGGACGUGAUCACGGCACAGCGGGCCCCGAAGGUGCGGGAUAUUCUUAGCUGCCGCGCCGACAAGGGUUGGGAGCUUCGGUGCAAGAGCGCCAUGGGCCACGCCCUGGCCGACUACAGGGACAUGAAGUGCUACCGAGACCGCCCGUGGCCGGAGGAGGCCAUCUUCGCCAUCGCCGAUUACGUUCUGGAGGGGGGGUUCCUGGACGAAGCCAUCGGGGCCCUCAUGCAGUACGACUCCUACGGGCAGGAGCGGGACGGCCUGGAGGCCGAGACCUCCCGAACUGGGGGGGGCCGCACCAACUACAGCAAUCAGCAGAGGCAGCUGGUCGACAGCAACAAGACGAACUUGACGAUGAAGAAGGUGAAAGAGGUCGCCACGGAGCUCGCGACAACUGGAUGGUGGAGAAAGCACAGCGACAUGCCAAGCGGGGGCGCCCGAGAGCGGAGCCAGGCGCGAAAGGUCGCCAGCGCCAAGCAGCAGCUGCCACGCCCUCGGCUCAGUGGCGAGCGCCCGCCCAUGCCGCCCAUGGAGCUCAGCUGCCCCAGGGAGGCAACCCGGGGCUUCAGGCCCACCGCGGACAUCGGGGUGGACUGGUGGCACCCCAGCAUGCCGAGAGGAGUGCCAGGCGACGGCCUGCAGCAGAUUCUCGACAUCUUGCACGCGGUGGAAAGAAAGCUGAUCUGGCUGGAGCUGGCCUCGACAUGCGCCGCGGAGCACAGCAGGGCCUGGGACUGCACCUCCGGCGGGCGGGCCGCCGAGGACGCGGCCUUGGCGGCGCUGCUGGCGCGCGAGGGCGACGACGACCACGGCGUCGACCUGAGACCCUGGCGGCUGCAGGCGCAGGGGCGCCUCAGCCAGGCCGCCUGCACCGCGGCGGCGACCAUUGCGGGCAGCAUGUUCUCGGCGGCGUUGCCCAGGGUCAUUAUGGCCAGCACUAUCGGCGGCCACGCGCUGCAAUGCCCGCAGCCCAAGUGGCGGGCUUACGUGGGCGACCUCAGCAUCGGGCAGACAGGCGAGCAGCAGCAGCUGGCUAAGAUGACGCCUGCGGCGCUGGACAAGCGCCGAGGUGCCUGGGGCUGCCGGAGAGGCGCCUCCAAGUCCUCGGGCGAGCAGCAGGGCGCGCUCUGCCGGGGCACGGAGCCGCAGCGCGGACAGCUGGCGCCCGCACCUCACCUGGUCAUUAUACAGACGCAGUUCCACACCAAUGGCGGCGACGCGCAUGCGAGGAACGCGGCGCGGCGCAACGCGGUGUCAGGCCCCUGGACACAGGCCCUGCCGUUCGAGGUCGGCCUCGUUGACUCGCCGUUGUGCAGGGCGUGCGGCGCAGCGCCUGGCGCGCUGCGUUAUCGAUAUUUCUGCCGCAAAGCUCGUCGGGGGGCGCGGCAGAAGGCGCCUGCUGAGCGGCAGCGCGCGGCUGCGACGCAGCCCGGUUCGUUGCCGUGGACUGCAGACCUGGCGCGGCCACUGGAGGCCGACUGGCGCUUCGAGAGCACCAAUGAAGACCAGCACUACGCGCGGCGGCAGCAGAGUGCAAAUGGCGAGGGGGACGUGCCAAAUUCUCUUGUCCCGCGGGCGGCGGGCUCGUCGUCGCCGUCUGGCUUCGAGCGCCCUGGAGAUGGCCGCCAAGGUGCGCCGUCGCCUCCACGAUCUGGCCAGGAUUCGGCCCGCCUGGAGGACGGCCUCGUAGGUCCAUCGUCGUCGGGGGGCCAGGGCCAGCAGCGAGCUCCCGAUACGAGCAUGGGCGAUGACGAGUGGGGCCCACUGCAGGAAAUGGAAGAGGACAUGGAGAAUGCGCGCGACCGCGACGACCCCUACUGGGAGGUGGAGCGACCUGCCGUACUUAUGGACACGGUGGCCCUGGCGAAGACCGAGUCGCAGCCGCGGGUUUUCGACAGCACGGGACUUCCGGGCAUGCUGCGCCGGGCGCUGCGCCACGUGGCACCGCUCUGCAUCAUCCACGCGGACCACGAGGACAUCGUGGACGGCAUCGGCAGUGGCCAGGCCUGGCGCGUCUCGGCCCAGAGCCGCACGCCGACAUGGCGCUGCAUCUGGGCCAAGCUGGGGGGCCAGGGCCUCGACGACACCAGCGCGCGCCACGCGGAGGCCCACGCGGCGCCGCGAGUUUGGUGGGCCCUUGACGAGGAAGACCGACGGGUGGCGAAGGGCAACGAGGAAGCGCAUUCGUUGACCAAGGAUGGCGCAGCAAUUGGCGCAGGUUUCGGCAAGGGGAAGGCCCUCGAGAACCCGCGCCGCGAGAUCCGCUGGGCGCCGCGCAACCUCGGGCGGUGGCGCAUCGCCGUGGAGGAUUGGGCCGACGCGGGCCCGAAGCCGGGGCGCCCUCGCCCACCUGAGGCAUGCCAGCCAGUCUUGUACGCGUCGAAUCACACGCUGGUGGAGACCGGCCAGUGGUUUCGCUGCGCCACCUGCGGCAGGUCGGCCCAGGCCCUAG